GCAAGAUUGUUUGGAAAAUUGUACAUUGUGUGUAUUGUUGCGGCCAAAUCUGUAUGUUAAGUUGACUUAGACUUCAGAAUAUUGUUGUAUUCUUUAAAAAAAGUAUUGUAGCGUCAGUGUUUCCCGCAUGAAGACGUGCUAGCUAGGAAAAAGAACGAUUGCUUUGGUGUCUCUUGAACUCAUAAAACAUUAAGUUCCUGGCGGAUUGAUCGGUGGUUUUCGUGUCAAUGGCAGCAAACGACCCAUUCCAGUUUCAAGAAUUUGAAGAGAGCAGUCUGCUAGCAGCUGGCAAAGAUUCAACCACCAUCAGCAUCGAGGACGAUUUAAUCAAUUCAGAGACAUUGAGAAAUCCCCUCGACCUCACUUCUGAUGGCGGCGACGACGAUCCGCUCGCCAGUGAUGACAAAGCUGAGCUUCUCUCUGGGCAAAAGAAAAGUAUCCCUUUUUGGACUUUUGAGUACUACCAAAUGUUUUUCAACGUGGACACACGUCACGUUAAGGAAAGAAUCAUAGGAUCCGUGCUGCCAUGGCCUGGAAAGAACUUCAUUCAUGUCUACCUUCGUCGAAAUCCUGACCUCUACGGACCAUUUUGGAUCUGCACCACUCUUGUAUUUGCCAUUGCUAUCAGUGGGAACUUGUCCACCUUCCUGGUUAAUUUAGGCAAGCCAGACUAUAGGUACACACCUGAGUUUGGAAAAGUGACCAUAGCGGCCAUGGCCAUCUUCAUCUACGCUUGGCUGGUGCCGCUUGCUGUUUGGGGUUUCCUGCUUUGGAGAAACAACAAGAUCAUGAACUUGGUGUCGUAUUCCUUUAUGGAGAUUGUCUGCGUGUACGGAUACUCCCUUUCCAUUUACAUUCCUGCCGUGGUUCUGUGGAUAUUCCCAUUUGAGUGGCUGAGGUGGCUGUCCAUCCUGCUGGCGCUCUUCCUGUCCGGUUCUGUCCUGGUCAUCACCUUCUGGCCCGCAGUGCGUGACGACCAGCCCAAGAUGAUUGCGGCCGUGAUGUCGGCCAUUGUGGUGCUCAACGUCCUCCUUGCUGUCGGUUGCAAGGCCUAUUUCUUCAGCAAAGCAGAGCCGGUCCUAAAACCCGACACGCCAUCAGCAUUAUCAGCCAUCCAUGCCAAUGCCACAACAUGAUAAGCAGCCAUUGUUUUAAGGUUCUCCUGUUGCCUUGUCAGAGAGAAUUGGGUUGCUGUGGGGAUGAAGUCAUGGGCCGUCUGGAUUUCACCUCCACUCGCACCUGCCGGCCCAAAACCCGACAUUUAAUGCUUGGUUUCAUGGCUGAUGAUGAACAUUGGUACCAGUCCUCUUCUUUCUACUGGGGUGGGUCCUGAACUUCCACAAAGACAAACGUACGGUGGCGCACCAGCAGCCCAAACUUUACCAAUUGUUGGCCUUCGCAGGCAUCUAUUUAUUGAAUAUCAGGGGAAUGGGAUUUGGAAAGGAUUACACUGAAUUUUCUCUACUGAUGAAUGUAUUUCAUUUUCUUUAAUAUAAUCAUUCAACACUGUCAACAAAUACAAAAAGUACAAAGGGGUAUUAGGGCCAUACUUACAGUAAACGUAAUUUAAUGACGAGUACGCAGUCAUUUAAGGGAAUAAAGUCCUGUGGCCCUGAUGUUCCUUUGUCCAAAAAGAGCAUCCUAAAUGCAUCUUUUACUGAAUUCUUUUGCUUAAUGACUAACUUGGAUCAAAGAAUGGAGUUCAAGAAUGGAAAAUUCUAUUUAAGUUACAAAAAUGACCCCCUUCUGAUUGAAUGAUUCAGAUUCUUCCAGAACACAGAAUGUCCAUGUCAUGGAUGAUGCUUACAGCACAUAAAGAUUAUAACUCCAAUAAACCAACUUUAAAAUCCCAGACUUGGAGGCAACC